AUGGCUCCCGCGAUCAAGCACAACAACCAGAUCCAGAAGAACCACUUCCGCAAGGAUUGGCAGCGUCGGGUUCGAUGCCACUUCGACCAGCCUACCCAGAAGAUCCGCCGCAGAUCUCUGCGUCGUGCUAAGGCUGUCGCCGCCGCCCCCCGCCCUGUCGACAAGCUGAGACCCGUGGUCCGAUGCCCGACCAUCAAGUACAACCGACGUGUCCGAGCCGGUCGCGGUUUCACCUUGACUGAGCUGAAGGAAGCUGGUAUCCCCCGCCUCGUGGCCCCUACCAUCGGUAUCUCCGUCGACCCCCGCCGACAGAACCUCAGCGAAGAGUCUCUUGCCGCCAACGUCGCCCGUUUGAAGGCAUACAAGGACCGCCUGAUCGUCUUCCCCCGCAAGGGCGCCAAUCACCCCAAGGCUGGUGACAGCAAGGACCUCGACCUCAGCAAGACCGAGACCAUCUCGCUCCUCGACCGGGCCAUGCCCAUCGUUGCCGUUCCCGAGGGCAUCAAGGAGGUCAAGAAGAGCGACAUGCCCAAGCCCAUCGAGGGUGGUGCCUACAACGCCCUCCGAAAGGCGAGAAGUGAUGCGAGAUACGCUGGUGCCCGGGAGAAGCGAGCCAAGGACAAGGCCGAGGCGGAGGCCAACAAGAAAUAG